AUAUAGCCCGCCCCGCCCGGCAUUUCUCCCCCGCCAGCCACAGACCAGCCGGACCCGAUGGAGCCACCCGCCGCCUGCUCCCCGGACCCCGCCCGCGCCGCGCCCGCCCCCCGCUGCUGGAGCGCUCUGCUCACCGGCUGAACAGGCCCAGAGGGAACCGCGACUCCCAGCCCUGGUCGAGAUGCUCCGCGUCUUGUCCCCGCAACCGGGUGGCCGCCUGAACGUGCUCGCCUGGGCUGCGCCGCCGCUCCUGGCGUCACCUCCCCACGGCCGUGAUGAGGAGGAGGAGGAGGAGGAGGAAUAAGAGCCGUGGGCCAGCCCGCCCACGCCGCGGGCCAGCCCACCCACGCCGCGGCUUGGCCACCCCGCUCUUGGCACAUCAGGAAGCCCUGGAGAAAGAAGAGGACUUUGCAGCUGGUCCCACUGCAUCCCAGGGGCUAGCCCCCCGUCGGGGAGAAGGAGAGAAUUCAGGGGGAUGCCCCCAACCUCCUUCUGGCUCCCAUAACCGGGAGGAAGAUGCGAGCUGUGGAGAAGGCCCCAAGCGCUGUGAGGAAGAGGCCAUGGCCCGGCUGGAGAUAGAGGAACAUCUGGAGGAGGUUGUAGAUAGUCCAUCCCGCUCCUUGCAGGACAGGGAAUUUUGCGGGGCUGGUGGGAAACCUGAAGGAGGACUCAAGUUGCCUGGAGGAGACACCCCCAGCUGCCUGCAGAGUAGCACAGACCUGGGGCACGCCGUCACCAGGAACCCCCAUGUCUUGUCCUUGUUCUACUGCCCAUCAGAGGAGGACGACGAGGCCGGGGACUGGCCUAGUGAGGAGGAGGGAGAUGAUGGAGGGGGCUGCUCCGGCGCAGACUGGCCCGAUUCAGAGGAGGAGCCAGAAGAUGACGCCAGGCGUGAGGAGAACAAGGCGCUGUGGGGGGCCCUGUGCUGUGGCCGGGACCCCUUCAACCCACUCUGCUUGGCCGGGGCCCCUGUGGGCUCCACCCCGCCACGGCCCAAGGACCAGAAAUUCCGGGUUUCCUUCUACUUCUGCGGGCCGACGUCAGAGGCUGAGAAAGUGGGGGACCCCUGGAAACCCCCACAGAAGCCCUGGCCUAUGAGACAGGGGGUCUGCGGUAGGACUCACUGCUGUGAGCUGGAAUCCCGGGGAGCCAGGGACCCCAUCAAGGCGGAGACCUCUGACUUGGAGGGCAACCGGACAGCUAAGAAGGUUCGAUUCUCCCCCUUUGUCACUGUGCACCCCCUGCUGGUCUGGCCCUUUGCCAGCCGGGCUGCCCGCCGGGGGCCCUGGGAGGAGCUGGCCCGGGAUCGGAGCCGUUUUCGCAGGCGCAUCGAGCAGCUGGGAGCCAUCCUGGAGCCCUGCCUGGACCCGGGACACCGGGCCCAAGCCUGGAGGAAGAUCCGCGGUGCAGGACAGGAGAUGCCCAUCCCCCUCCAUGAGGGAAAGGAGAACCCGGGGCAGGGGAUGUGGGACAUGUCUCUCCAGCUCUGCUCUGAAAGGAUGGAGGACCCAGGCAUCCAGGAGAGUCAUGCUCGGAAGCACAUGCCCCUUCCCUCCAAUUAUAAGGGAGUGGAGGACCCAGGCAGCCGGGAUGGAAGACUGGGCUAGGCCACAGACUCUGUCCCCACUGGGAUGGCUGCCCUGGUGCCCCCCCAGUGGUGAUUGGAUUAACCCUUCUGGCUCUUGAGCCAGGCUCCCAUCAGCUGCUCUGGCAGCAGGUCUAGUGGCUGGGAGCCAGGACUCCUGGGUGUUCUCUCUGGCUCUGGGAGGGGAGUGAAGACUAGUGGUUAGAGCCAGGAGUGUGGUAGCCAGGCCUCCUGGGUUUUUUUGGGGAUGACACCCCUUUACCUACCUCAAUCUCUGACCUGUGUAUGUUCUGAUCUGUUGUGUGUUACCAUGUUAAAUUAUUUUCCAGCUGGUCCAUUCUGCCUCAGAGGGGACUAAAUUAUUUAUUUAUUUUUAUAUCAGGAUUGGGGAGGGGAUGGAUUUCUCAAGAAGCAGUGGCCUCUUCCUUGUGUUUAUGAAUCUCCUUGAUAUUGUAUUCACCUGCCACCCUGACUUUGGGCUGCUUUUUAAUUGCUCCAACUCUGUUGUUAAAGGUUUAAUACAUG